CUGAUGCCUUUUAUUUUGAAAUGUUUUUUUUUUUUUUUACCGGAAGCUACACUUUCCAUUGUGUUUACGUUGUCAUCAUGAACGUGGAUGUGAGUCAGAUAAUCGAUUAUCUUGUUAGCUUUUUGCAUCAAGGGAUGUAGCUUCAGUCUCUGGGGACACUGAAGGAAAACUUUACCUUACGUUACAUCGAAAGCCGGAAAUAGAAAUCUGGCGGUUUGUUUUUCUCGAGUCAGAGAAAGGUAAGCCCUUCCUAGCCCACCGAGGGAGUGCACCUUUUGUGUCAGCCGGCUGUUUUUUUUCUUAAAUCGUGUCAACAUGGACAUGUACGCAUACAGCGGGGUCUUCUUGGUGAAAAGAUUCCUGGACAAUGGCGUUUUUGAAGUCACAAACACGUCUGACAUCAACAACUCGAAUCCCCACGGCUGCGAUAACGGCGCGCUGACGGACCGGUUCGGCGUCUUGAUCCAGGGACUCCUGGCUGUCGUUGCCUUCAGUACGCUGAUGUUGAAGAGGUUCCGGGAGCCUGUAGGGAUCAGACGACCGUGGAGGAUCUGGUUUUUUGACACAUCCAAGCAGGCCAUCGGUGCUCUUUUCCUCCACUUUGCCAACGUCUUCCUGUCCACGCUCACCGAAGAGGACCCAUGCUCCCUGUAUCUGAUGAACUUCCUGCUGGACGCCGUGCUGGGGAUGCUGGUCAUCUGGCUGGCCGUGAAGUUGGUGUCCAAACUAGUGGAGAACAAGCAGUGGACGUUGCUCAUGUUUGGUGAAUAUGGUGACCCUCCCCAGGCCGCAGCCUGGCUGGGUCAGUGCGGCAUCUACCUGCUCAUCAUGGUGCUGGAGAAAGCUGUGAUCAGCCUGGUGCUGCUCGUCCCCGGAUGGUCCAGAUUGCAGGAGGUGUUGCUAAGCUACAUUGCUAACCCUCAGCUGGAGCUGGUGCUGGUCAUGCUCAUUGUUCCCUUCAUAGUGAAUUCCAUCAUGUUCUGGGUGGUGGACAGCCUGAUGAUGAGGAAGUACAAGACGAUGAAGAGCCUGGACGACUCCUGCGACAGCGCGGUGAAGAAGGCUGACUCUCUGCCCUGGGCCAACAGUGAGGAGUCAUUGGUCCUGCUGGCUGCCGAGACAGACACAGACGAGGCUUCAGAGGGGGAGGAAGAGCCCGGUGAUGACGGACCAGACCCAUAUGUACAGUAUUCUGGAGGACCACUGAGACCCAGCUGGGUGGUGGUGUAAACCCAGGUGAUGCUACCCAUCUGGUCGCUAUCCGCACACCACAAACUCUUUAGAGCCUAAAUAAGAGCAAACGCAAACAAGCCUUGCAUCUGUAACUCCUCGAGUAUAAAUAUCGGCCUCCUUGUAAACAAAGGCACAAUUAAAAGGUCUUAGAACCUGUGAAUGUGAACACUACAGCCUGAGCUGCCUUCCUCUGCACUGAACUAGAGCUUGACUCGGUGCAUGCAUGUAAAUCAAAUAGCAUCUUGUGGGAGGAAUUUAGAAGCUUGUCAUCCUCUCACCUUGCUGCCUCCGUUUGCUGCAAGAGAACAUUAGAGCAACCACAAUUGAACGUGUUUGAAAAGAGAGAUUAUUGAGAAAGCAGCGCCCACAGGGCAAACCGUGCGGCUGGUAAUGACAAGCCCUUAGAUAAAUCUGUCUUCUCGUUACACUGGGGACUUUUGGAAAGGAUGUUGCUCUAAAGAGAGUCAUUUUUGUGUAUCAUAUUGCAAAGAGAAGAAAUGUACAAAUGCUCUAAGAUUUCACUCCGUAAAACAUAAUCACUUUUUAUCCAACUUUUUAAUUAAGGUGUAAUUAUAGUAAUUCCUGCAAUUUCUUCUUCUGGCUGCUUAUUUAAAGUCUAACUGUUAAUGGUCUUAUUUAUUUUUGUUUAAACCAUGCAUAUGUUGAUUUUUAUUGGCUGCUGCAGUCUUGAUGAGCCAAACAUGUUGAAAGCAGUGGUUAAAUGGAAAGUUUUAGUUCUUUGCAAGGACCAGGUCACACUACAUUUCUGCAAUGAUUUUCAUAUUUCUUGUAUACGAUGGAGUCCAGGCCACUGUUGGAGGGAAAACCCCUGAGACUUUCGUGAUAAUGUUGUAAUAUUUUGAGAAAAAGCUUUGAAAGUUCUCAGGAAAAAAGUGUCAAUUAUAAAAGAAAAGGUUACAGUAAAGUUAUAAUGUCAAGAGACAAAUGUCAUUUCAGGCAAGCUGUUUCCCUCUGUUUCCAGUGUUUGUGCUAAACUAAGCUAACCGUCUUCUGGCUGAAGCUUCAUGUUCAAAAGACAGAUAUCGUAGCGGUAUCGAUCUUCAGCAAAAAUGCGAAUAAGCAUAUUUUCGAAAAACUAUUGCUUUUUAAAGUGCCCAUAUCAUGCUCAUUUUAAGGUCCAUAAUUGUAUCAUCUUUGUUGGCAGUUGCACAUGCACAGUAACUAGGUACUGCCCUGUAGCUAUGGAGGCUACUGUGAUUCUAGCUAAAAGCUAGCGCUGUUAGCGGUUAGCCACCUCGUUUUCAAUGGCAAAACACUGCUACGACACACACAAGUUCACCCUAAUCUACAAAAGUAAAUGUAUAGAACUUACAUGUCCCUCGUCUGCAGGUAUUCCACACAAAGUUGGAAGUGCGCCCUUGUUUAGAAGAAGUCUCCCGGUUAAUCCUGCCUUGUACUGACCAAGGGUGGAGAAAGCUAGCUAAUGUGGUAUAUGCUAAAGUGGUUAGCACACACCAAAAAGCUUCGGCCGAUGACGUAGAAAGCCGUGGAGAUUUUGAACAGCUCACCCGGAGACUGAAGGCAGGACACAUUCAGAAACCGUGUCUCACUCAAAACAGCAUGGAUGGGUUUUUUCCGAGUUUGUAUGUGUGUGGAAGCACCAGAGACACUAACAAUUUUCUUUCAUAAUAUGGGCACUUCAAAAUGGCGCUUAAUGAAAAGAACAAAGUUUUUAGUAAAAACACCCUUUUCUUGAAAUGUUAUGUCUUUUACUGUUUGUUUUAUCAUAAAGUGAAGCCUUUAUUAUUUUUUAUCAAAAUCAUUACAAUCAUUCCAUCAUACCAUUAUUCCAUUUUCUCCACUCAAAAUAUUAUGACUUCAAUCUCAAAAUGUCAAAUUCGUUAUCCCUAAAAAUGGUCCUAAUACUCAUAAUAUGUCAUAAUAAUACGCUGGGAUGAUUCAGUAGCUGUGUAUCAAACUACUGCAAUUUAUGGCACAUUUCUUUUAUUUAUUCUGUUUAUAUUUAAUAAGUAUUUGACUUGAUGUAUUGUGGUCCAAUCUGUGGUAACAACAUUGGAACAGGACAUUUUUAGCGAAUAUAGCAAAUGAGAGAAUUUUAAGAGCCAACGCCGAACUACAGGUGCUAAACAUUUCCAUUCUCCUGUUAGCAUUUAAGCUUUAAAAGCCAAAAGGUCUACAGUUUGACAUAUUCCGACUGUAAUGUUUUUUUUUUUUUUAAUAUGCCAAUGUAUCUCGUGUAUUUACUUACUGAAUGUAUCUCUUUAAUCUGUACUAUGAAUAAAGAUGAUUGACACAUGAA